AUGCCUGUUCCUGAAGAAAAAUUGAGCAAAUUGAGACGAGAGUUCUUGUAUUGGUAUCCAGUGGAUAUGCGUGUAUCUGGAAAAGAUUUAGUGCAGAAUCACCUGACAUACUUUCUGUUCAACCACGUCACCAUUUGGAAAGAUCAUCCGGAGUUGUGGCCGAAGAGUAUUCGAGCGAAUGGUCAUCUGCUGCUGAAUAAUGAAAAGAUGUCGAAACAGACGGGUAACUUCUUGACGUUGAGUGAUAGUGUGACGCAGUUCUCGGCCGAUGGAAUGCGUUUGUCACUGGCG